ACCGGUUUUGCGAUCGAUUUAGCGCAAGAUGAAGCAAGCGUGCAUUCUACUGGUCGUGUUGCUCUGCUCGGCCACCAUUGCCGAUGCCUUGGUUUUCACUUACGCGUCGACUUGCGCGCGGUGUAGAAGUAUUGGCGCACGAUCCUGUGGCUAUGGUAGCAUGCGAAAGGGAGUCUCUUGCGAUGGGCAGAUCAGCAUCAGAAGCUGCGCGGACUGCAGCCGAAGGUUUGGCCGGUGCGUGUCCUCGUACAUUACGGAGUGUUUCUUGUGAUGAACCUUGAGAUGGCUUCGGCUGUCAGAAAGAGUUGGUGAAGGAAUGAAUACACUUUUGCUGAUAGAAUUUGCUUGAGUGGCCUUUUAAAAGGAAGGAAGAGUCGAGCUAGACGGCGUAACUAAAUAAAGUUUUUACAAAAAUAGCUUCAUUAUUGUGAAGAUACGAGCUACUAGCUGCAGGAGCAAACAAUGUUUCACCAAAUCAAGCGACAAUUGAGACUCGCAUUAGAUGUAAAAUGUUGUGAACAAUUAAUUGUCAUCAAGAUUGGAUUUCUCCUGAGCCACAGUGUAGCAUAUAAAGUCUAAAUAAAUCGUCUGAUUCGGUUUCGUAUCGUGAUUGAAACCCUC